AAAAAAACAGGAGGAGGAAAGCAACGCGGCUUCAACUUCCAAGUACCCACUUCCCAUUUUCCAACACCGUUGGCACUUUGGGAAAGUAGGAAUGAAAUGAAACCUUCAAACACUCCAUCCACGACUUUCCUCUUACGGGCUUCAAAAAUAAUGAAAUAAAUAAACAACAAACAUCCUACAGCAAACGCUUCAUCUUCUUCCUUCUUCCCAGACCCAACCAUGGAUUCCUUCAAAUUCUUCCAUGGCUAUGGCAAAGUAGGUGAUCACCUCGAAGAUCAGUCUUCUCUCCCUGCAUCUCCCAAGCGCAAUACCCUUGUCGCCACCGUUUCUGUUUUGGCCAUCCUCUUCCUCACUCUCACCAUCGGAGUCACGCUCGGAGCUCUCAUGCACUCAUCCGAUUCCGGACCACCGGAAUCCCGAUCGGCCCCUUCCGCCGUCAACACCGACAUCGCCUCCUCCAUCAGAACCGUCUGCAACGUCACGCACUUCCCGGCCUCCUGCUGCUCCAGUAUUUCCUCCCUCACCGCUUCCCUCCAAAACCCUAACGACCCCGAAUCCAUUCUCAAGCUGUCUCUCCGUGUUUCCCACGACGAGCUUUCUAACCUGUCGUCCUCCCUCAGAAGCUUGGCUUCGACCUCAUACGCGUUGGCUCUCUCUGAUUGUAAGGAUCAGAUCGAUGACGCGCUGAGUCGACUCAACGACUCGGUGUUGGCGAUGGAUGUGGCUCCCGGCGACAAGGCGUUGACGGAUGCGAAGAUCAACGACAUACAGACGUGGAUCAGCGCGGCGUUGACGGAUCAGGAAACGUGUUUGGAUGGAUUGGAGGAGACGGAGUCGGCGGAGCUGGGGGAGGUGAAGGGGAAGAUGCAGAGGUCGAGGGAGUACACAAGCAACAGCUUAGCCAUCGCUGCAAAUAUUCGCAUCUUGCUGCAACGCUUCAAUGUGCGCCUCCAUUGAAAAUUCUGUUGAUAGAGCUUAAACAACACAUAAUGGUAACGUGAUUGCGCUCUAUAUGUGAAUUGUAGAUUCUAUUUUACUUCUGCAUUCUAAAUGGUCUCUAUUAUUGUCAUAUGAAUAUAUAUAUCAAAAACUUUUUUUUGGUACAGAAAAUUUCUUCUUUUUUCUUGUGGCACCUCAACCAUUUUGUGCGCAAUCUAAUGAUGUCCCAGGGAAAAUUGUCAAUGGAUGUUUUGUGUUGAAUAUGAAUUCAUAUAACUCUUAUGUAUGAUUUAA